UGCUUGCAUUGAAAGAAGCACAACUGGCUAAACACACAUUCACAAGAGAGAUUUUAUAUUUUUAUACUAUAAUUUUCUAGUUUUGUACCGGAGGAGAAACGGAUUCUUUAUUCGGACGAACAUCUAAAGACUGUCUUCGACACUGAACCAGGUCACAACCGAAUAGCCAAAGGGUGCAGGCAUCACCAGAACCAUAUCUCAAAAGACAGAUUGUGAUAUACACGCAACAAUGCACGUGGAAGUAUCAGUUGCACUGAACUUUGUGAUUUCGUAUCUUUACAACAAAAUGCCCCGUCGGCGGGUGGACAUGUUCGCAGAGGAACUAGAGAAAGGCCUUAAGCGAAGGUUCGAGGGACACUGGUACCCUGAUAAGCCGUUAAAGGGUACGGCGUUCAGGUGCAUCAAGGUUAGUGGUGAUAAAGCGGACCCUGUGAUAGCCGAGGCUGCGAGGCAGUGCGGAUUGGAUAUCAACGAAAUCUACCAAUACAUCCCUGACGAGCUCACCAUCUGGAUUGACCCCAAUGAAGUUAGCUACAGAAUCGGCGAGAAAGGCAUCGUCAAGAUUCUCUACUCUGACAAACGAGCUGAUGACCUCAUCGACCAUCUUGACCGGGAGAUCCAGGCGGCUAGCCGUGGCUUCAACCCUGAGGCUCAAUGCUUCAGACCUAUCGACUCGCUCUCAUCAUCUUUGAGUCACCUCAGUCUCUCACCAUCUUCUCCGAAUCCUUCGAAUGGCUGGACGUCUCCAUCUGGAUCGUUCACGUCACAAAGCCCUGUGAAUGCCAACACAAACGCAAAUGCUGUUUACCUUCCCAAGUCGAACUCGACGCCUAAUUUCACAGCUGCUACGUUUGCUCAGACCAAGUUCGGGUCGACCAAGCUGAAGACCAUGAUCAAGAGGCCUUCUCGUCUGUCACCAACUGAGGUGGGUGCUUAUGUCAGCAAACAGCAACGCGUCAAUGGGGUCGCGGUCCAGGCCCAGAACCGACCACGGUCACUCUCUCCGCGUCAUCCAAGACAUAGCUACUUUGACCAGUCACAGAUGCUGUUUCCUGGUCAACAGCCUGCACCUCUGAACGGCAUGGUAGGCGAGUUCUACAGCCCAGUGAAUCAGCCUUUUAGUUUCGGUUUCCCCGAAAUGAUGCAGGGUCCUGGGGGGCCCGUCAUGAACACCAUGCCGUCGCCAGAAGGUGCUAAGGCAUUCACUGACGGCCUGAGCUUCAGCACUUUGCCGUACCAGAAUCAGAUACAGCAUCUUCUAGUCGCUAACUAAAGAACAUCAUUGAGAACUUUAUUUUGAAACUAUCGGAUUACUUUGGUGGACCUCGGGUUAUCUCGGAAAUCAAAGGACUUGUCCUGGAUAUUUACGGAUAACUUCGAGAGACGUCGGGUUUCAUUUCGGAAAUUAAAGUGACUUGUUCAUCGCUUUGUAAACAUCAUUCCAUUGUUCCCAAACGACUGUAUCAGAGAAAAAGACGUUGAUUACUCUUUCUGUUUGCAAGUAGUUUGAGGAUUAAGCUUUUUUAAAGAAGUCCACGAUGAAGUACUUCUUAGAAUCAGCCAUUCGGCGCACGGUGGCCAUUAAUUGUUGUCACAGCAUAGAGGAAAUGCGUGCACAUACACCAACAGCAUUAGUAAUGAACAUCAUGAGACAGGCGUUUGGAUUCAUUUGUGUAGUUGUGGUAUCAAGAUAUUUUAUACCUAUAUAGAUACCAGCAGAUGAUAUGUUGUGAUAUUGUGAUUCUUGGCAGACGAUUUAUAUAACUGCUUCGAUGAGAAGCUGGUGAAAAGUAUAUCCAUGGCUUCUAAUCGUAGUCGUGCUUCUCCUGUUAAGAAUGAACCUUUUCAAGGGCAUUAAUUUAGGAUCAUUUACCCGGGUGCAAAAUAUAAGAUAUGGCGUAUUUUUACUCAACUUAUCAAUGUCAAUGGAAGUCACCGCUGGAUCCUCUAUUCGAAUACACCAAGUAUAUAACAUGCAUGUACAUUUAAAGUCAGAAUUUAACAUGAAUGUGUAGUCAUUUGCUGAAGACCAGAUUCCCCCCAGGCGGUUCCAAUAUUAUGCCUUCCAGUGACAUUUUGGAGUUGAGAUUGAUUGAUUUUGCUGGAAUACGGUUACUAUUAUUUUGUCCUGGUUCUGUUAAUCAAGGAAAUCAAGAUACUCGGUUGCUCUGAACGAGAUUGAUUUCAACCAUUUUCUAACGACUUCCGCUGGCACACCUUGUUCGACUUAUGUUAAAAUAUUUCAUUGGUAGAGUGGGCGGUGCCUCUUAUAUACAUGAUUUCAAGAAACUCUGGCAGUCAAAACUUGCUUUUAGUAUUUUGGAAGCUCUGAACAUCAAACACAGCAUGACCUAAUUUCAAAGUUGGCCUCCUUCGGCGUUACAUUACUUCUCGUAUCGAUGAUGGCACCUCUGUCGGUGGAAUCAAAAGGAAGCUUUUUUUUUUGCUUCCCGAGUAGUAAGGCAUUCUAAAGAAUUCAUUGGUGUUUAAUUAAGUUGUGUUCAUAGCAUCUCAAAUGAUUCUUAUGGUAAUCAGUUCAUUUAAUAGCCUAAAAGAGGAGUUGCAUGUCAUAGCCAAAUGUGAUCAUAAUUGGUCACUUCGAGAUUUCAAAAUGGCUUCGAAAAUGGCAGUCUAAAGGGCGUCACAUGCUCCACUUUUUGGCAAAUAUAAGUAGAUUACACAUUCUGGCCACUGCUGAAUAGCAUAUGAAGAUGUCAACACACGGUACAUUUCAACUGAAGCUUCAACUUACCACGUCACAAAAGGUUGUACAUAGCAUUUUUAAUGGAUUAUCUCCGAGAUGAAAAUCCGAAUAGGGGGUCGAUGUUUCAUCUAGAAGUGUCAAAUAUUAAGCAUUGUGGUCGACUUUUUAAUUAAAUAGCAUAUCAUGGAAGGGACAGCGUAAGCUAUGACAUAUAGAAACUAUCGUCUGGUCACCUUUUUGAUUUGUUGGUUGACAGAAAUGUGUACAGUAAAUAUCAGACAUUAUUUUUUGAAGAAGACUAUUUCUUAAUGAGGUACAUGAACACUGCGGAUGGACAUAUGCGAGAGUAGAGCACCAACACUUUGUUUGAUAACCCCACUCACGUACUGUGGUCAAAAUACCGGAGUGGUCACAAGGUCAAUUAAGAAUCCAACUAGCAACUCCGCUAUCUGAGCAAAUUUGUUCCCACCACUACCAAAAUUCGAAAUUUUCAAUUCAAAAAAAUAUUACUGUUGCUUCAAACUUGGGUCUUCUCAGGCGUCUGAGAUCCGACAAAUCGUAGAGGUGGCCUGUGUAAUAUAUAACACACUAACUGUUUCAUUUUACUAUAUGCAUCAGUUAUAUCCAUAUCACAUAUGACAUUGUCGGAAACCUGUGUUACUUAACGGGAUUAUGUAUUGAUUUUAUUUUGCCAGCUUCUGAGGUAAUUGUUGCAAAGGUCAAGCUUUAAAGUCGUAAGGAAAUGGCGAAUGCUGGUAACAGGAAACAAAGUAACCUUUAGCUAAGCGCAUUGAAAUGAAAAUGUGUAAGAAAUAUUUUGCUCAGCAAAUAACGAAAAGCACUGUAAUACUAGAUCAAUUCUGCUUGGCAAUAUAGCGAAAACGUCAAUUCUGCUCAGCAAAUAGCGAAAUGCUUUUAAGUACAAUAUCAAUUCUGCUCGGCUGAUAGCGAACUGCAUUGAAAUAACAAAUCAUUACAGCUUGGCAAAUAGCAAAUGCACUGAAAUGAAAGAUCAUCUAGGCUUGGCAAAUAGCAAAAUGCACGGAAAUACAAGGUCAUUUCGGUGUGGCAAACAGAAAAUACGUUACCUGUGAUUUGAUACAAGGCCAUUUCUGCUUGGUAAUUUCUGCUUGGUAAAUAUCAAAAUGAAUUUAAAAUUGAAGAUCAUUUUCCUCGGACACGAUAUUAUGCUUCAUUAUUCUAAGAGAUCAGACAACAAUAAACCUCCAAUUUUAAGAACGUGACAAGGCAAUGAUCAUCUCAGAAGACGACAGUUUGUGAAGACAAAGUUGUCCAAUGGACAACCACUUGGAUAAAUAGGUUUUCAUAUCUUUACUUCUGACUGCAGCAUUUUACACUUUCAUUGGUUGCUUUUAGUAAUUUAUCUACUUAGUUUCCUUUUCACCAUUUGUUUUUACUGUUUGGUCUCAGUGGUGUUUAGCAAAAUUACAUAGACUACCAACUUGAGAUAUACCAUUUGUCUUGGCCAAAUGCGUUAGAAAAAGCUUUUGGGUAUUGAAAUCAGCUUGACACAGAUUUCUGUUGCUGAAGGUGGAGGGGCGAGUCUAAGAAAAUGUCAGCAUUUGCUGUGUGACGAAUCAUUUAAUAAUGGACCUAUAGUGUAAAGAAGGCAGUGCUAUCAUGAUUUACUCGCAGACAUUGUGAAUUUUUUUUGAAGGAAGCUUUGGACUGUUGGGAACAAUGUGAUAUAGUAGGGGACAUCUGAGUUGAAACUGAAAACGAAAAAUGGCCACAAGAAGCUGUUUUUUUUCUUUAAUCGUGGAACGAUCAGGCUACUGAUAAAAUAAGGGGUAUGGGUGAUUUUAUUUCCCUCGAAUAGUACGUGAAAACUAUGUCAAACGCCUUUUUAGAGCAUGGCAGUUUUGAUCGGUGAUGUUUCGGAAUGUUUGCGAUAGCUGUGUCGGAUAGGACGUCAUUUGGAAGGCUGCACGUGAAAGAGUUGCUGGUUCAACCAUACAUGAAGAUUGCCUUUAACCACACGACGGUAUAGAAUUAAAAUGAUAAGAUGGACAGUACUGAGAGAUAAAACAAUUUGGAACUCGUUGGCUGUGUAUAAAGCAGCAAUAGAAUAUUUUUUUCUUUUUUCAUUGACUGUGACGAAGGUACAAACCGUCGAAUCAUAAAGAGUAACGCCUUCGAGAAAGGAAUGGGUAAAGUGUGAUGGCUGCGAUGGCUGUGAAGGUCGAACGAUAUGAAAGUGUAGAAUGCCCUUAGACAGUGGUUUAUUUUUCGUAUUGGGUCUGUAAUUUAGUUUCUCUUCAUAGAGGGAGUUGUGUAUAAUAAGAGUUGAUAUAUAUAUAUUCGUAUUCUUUCUAUAACUCAUGACUUUUGGGUAUUGCGGUCUUUGUAUCUUUUCUACUUCCCCCCAAGUGUCGAGUUACUUUUUUAUUCUAAGAGGUUGAUGUGUGUUGCUUACCACGCUAAUGUGGGCUGCUUAUCACAUGUAGGGCUGUAUAGUUUUCUGACAACUAAUUGUUUGUAAUUAAAUUUUCCUACGAUAAAAAUCCACAUUAAUUUUUUAUGACUUUGUGCAAUAGUUGGUUGAUCGCCAGAGUAUUAUAUUUACCAAGAUGAAUAUGUCCAUAGGUGUUGACACUCGUCAUGAUGAUCCUUUAUAUUGUUACACAUUUUUAAGUUUGUAAUAAAAAAUAUCAGAGAAAAAGAUUA